UAUGCCUGGAGGCAAUGAGAAGGUUUUUGUUACUCUAUGCUACACAGCGUGGACAGGCAAAGGCCAUUGCAGAAGAAAUCUGUGAAAAGGCCGUUACACAUGGAUUUUCUGCAGAUCUUCACUGUAUUAGUGAAUUGGAUAAGUACAAUCUAAAAAAUGAAACAGCACCUCUUGUGGUGGUGGUUUCUACCACAGGCACCGGAGACCCACCUGACACAGCCCGCAAGUUCGUGAAAGAAAUACAGGACAAAACGCUGCCGGUUGAUUUCUUUGCUCAACUGCGGUAUGCAUUAUUAGGUCUGGGUGAUUCAGAAUACAUGUACUUCUGUAACGGGGGGAAGGUCAUUGAUAAACGACUUCAGGAGCUUGGUGCCCGGCAUUUCUAUGACACUGGACACGCGGAUGAUUGCGUAGGUUUAGAACUUGUGGUUGAUCCGUGGAUUAAUGGGCUCUGGGCUGCCCUCACGAAACAUUUUAUGUCAAGUAGAAGAAAAGGAAAGAUGAAUGAAACUCUCAACACAGCAUUGACUGCCUCCCAGAGGACAGACCUUGUGAAACCGGAAUUAAUAUACAUCAAAUCACAAAUUGAACUUCUCAGAUUAGAUGACUCGGGAAGAAAGGAUUCUGAGGUUUUGGAACAAAAUGCAGUGAACAUAGGUCAAUCCAGUGCUUUGAUAGCAGAGUUUGAGUCCUCACUUACCCAUUCAGUACCCCCACUUUCCCAAGCCACUCUGAAUAUUCCUGCUUUACCACCAGAAUAUUUACAGGUGGAUUUGCAUGAAUCUCUUAAUCAGGAGGAAAGCCAAGCAUCUGUGACUUCAGUGGAUCCAGUUUUUCAAGUUCCAAUUUCAAAGGCAGUUCAGCUGACUACAAAUGAUGCCAUAAAAACCACUCUUCUGGUAGAAUUGGACAUUUCAAAAACAGAUUUUUUCUAUCAGCCUGGAGAUGCCUUCAACGUGAUCUGUCCCAACAGUGACUCUGAGGUGCAAAGCUUACUUCAAAGACUGCAGCUCAUAGACCAAAGGGAACACCAUGUCCUCUUGAAAAUUAAAGCUGACACCAAGAAGAAAGGAGCAGCCUUGCCCCAGCAUGUACCAAAGAGAUGUUCUCUCCAGUUCAUUCUUACCUGGUGCCUCGAAAUACGAGCAGUUCCUAGAAAGGCAUUUUUGCGAGCCCUUGUGGACUAUACCAGUGAUGGUGCGGAAAAGCGAAGGCUGCAGGAGCUGUGCAGCAAGCAGGGAGCAGCUGAUUAUAACCGUUUUGUAAGAGAUGCCUGUGCCAGCUUGUUAGACCUCCUGCUGGCUUUCCCGUCCUGCCAGCCUCCGCUCAGCCUCCUGCUUGAACAUCUUCCUAAGCUCCAGCCCAGACCAUAUUCUUGUGCAAGCUCAAGUCUGUCUCACCCAGGGAAGCUCCACUUUGUUUUUAACAUCGUGGAGUUUCUGUCCAGUGACACAUCAGUGGUUCUGCGGAGAGGCGUGUGCACAGGCUGGCUGGCCACGUUGGUUGAGUCAAUUCUUCAGCCGAACAUGCGUGCAUCCCACGCGGAUGGCGGGAAAGCCCUGGCUCCAGAGAUACCCAUCUCUCCUCGGAUAACAAACUCUUUCCACUUACCAGAUGACCCCUCAGCCCCUGUCAUCAUGGUGGGUCCAGGAACUGGCAUAGCGCCCUUCAUUGGUUUCCUGCAGCACAGAGAGAAGCUCCAAGAACAACAUCCAGAUGGACACUUUGGGGUGAUGUGGUUGUUUUUUGGCUGUCGACAUCAGGAUAGGGAUUAUUUAUUCAGAGAAGAGCUCAGACAUUUCCAUAAGCAUAGAAUCCUGACUCACCUGAAGGUUUCCUUCUCAAGAGAUGCUCCUGUCGGGGAGGAGGAAGCCCCAGUGAAGUAUGUUCAAGACAGCAUCCGGCUUCACAGCAAGCAGGUGGCCAGGCUCCUUCUUUAUGAGAACGGUUACAUUUAUGUGUGUGGAGACGCCAAGAAUAUGGCCAGGGAAGUAAAUGAUACCCUUGUGGAAAUAAUCAGCAGAGAGGUUGGAGUUGAUAAGCUGGAAGCAAUGAAAACUUUGGCUACUUUAAAAGAAGAAAAACGCUAUCUUCAGGAUAUUUGGUCAUAAAAUCAGAAAAUGAGAAUUAAGGGUUUUUUGGGCUUAAAGUACUAACAGACAACUUCAUUGAAGCGAAACUUUCCAUUUUAAAAUUUUAAAAAAUUUUAAACUUUUUUUAGAGGAGGUAGGUUGAGAGUGGAUCACUUACUUAUAGCUAACUCAGGUUUGGUUUUCUGUAUCCCCCCGGCCCCUCCCCAAACCAGCCUGUGGCUCAGCUGCUGGGCCGCCUGAGCUGAUUGGCAGCCCUCCCUCCUCCAGCUCCUCCGGGGUCACUUCUGUAUUGUGGGGAACUUCACAGAGAGCUUGACCAGAACGCGUGCCGGGGCUCCCAAUAUAGGAUGUGGGCACUAGCGUGCCCCAGGCAGAUAGUUAAAUCUGGGAGCUCAUGUUGCCAUUUUUUUUAAAUAAUGUAAAAAUAAUUUAUCCUUACACAGAAAUAUCCUGUAAAGGAUAUAAGUUAAAGUUACACAUGUAUUACAUGUUUAUAUCACUCA